GCCACGCGCCGGGGGCAGGUAGGGGCCACGUGGACUGGAGAAGGCGCGCGAGGGGCUUGGGGACUGCAGACCUGUGCCAAAAAUGGCCACCACCCCCCUUGACUUCAACAUCGAUGCUCCACUCUGGGACCAGAGCACCUUCAUGGGGCGCCUGAAGCAUUUCUUCAACAUCACUGACCCACGGACUGUGCUGGUGUCAGAGAAGGAGCUGGACCAAGCCAAGGCCCUGGUGGAAGGCUGCAGGGCCGGGCUGGUGCCACCAGGAAGCAGGCAGGAGCAGCUGCUCUACGCCAAGAAGCUGUAUGACUCAGCCUUCCACCCUGACAGUGGUGAGAAGAUGAACCUCAUCGGGAGGAUGUCCUUCCAGGUGCCUGGGGGCAUGGCUCUCACUGGCUGCAUGCUCCAGUUCUACCGGACAGUGCCUGCUGUGGUUUUCUGGCAGUGGAUGAACCAAUCCUUCAAUGCCAUCGUUAACUACACCAACCGGAAUGCUGCCUCCCCCAUCUCUCUCAGGCAAAUUGGGGUAGCUUACAUCACAGCCACCAGUACGGCCCUGGCCACCGCAGUGGCACUCAACCUCUACACCAAGCGAGCACCCCCCUUGCUGGCCCGCUGGGUGCCCUUCGUGGCUGUGGCUGCUGCCAACUGUGCCAAUAUCCCCAUGAUGAGACAACAGGAGAUCAUCAAUGGGGUGACAGUGACAGAUGGGGACAACAAUGAGCUGGGUUGCUCCAGGAGAGCAGCAGUAAAGGGUAUCGGACAGGUUGUGGUGUCCAGGAUCACCAUGGCAGCGCCAGGCAUGAUUAUUUUGCCUAUCAUCAUGGAGCGACUGGAGAAAACCCCCUUCAUGCAGCGGAUCCGGGUUCUCCAUGGGCCUCUGCAGGUGCUGCUCUCUGGGGGCUUCCUCCUCUUCAUGGUGCCAGCAGCCUGCGCCCUGUUCCCACAGAGAUGCUCCCUUGCACUGGCUGACCUCGAGCCAGAGCUACGUGACAGCAUCGUGGCCAAGCAUGAUGACAAAGUGCCAUACGUGUAUUUUAACAAGGGACUCUGAAUGAAGACUACCUUGGGAGCCAUCGCACCCCUUCGGCCCCCUGCCAUCGCCAGCCACACAUACCCUGAGCAGGGCUCAGAAGCACAGUCCAGCCAGACCUGCCACUAGCCCAGCACUGUCUCCUUCCCCCAGAGCGGCAGGGUCUGGUUCUGCAUGCCCAGCUUGCAGCACUUUGGCUUGUCCUAAGCCUCCCCCAUUCUGCUGCUGGGCAUGUCCCUGCACCCCCAUGUCCCUCUUGUUCUGGGCAAUGGCUGUCCUUCCAGUGCCUUGCUUCUGCCCUGUAUAGGAGGACCUGCCCAAGCUAUCUGAGCCUCAUGCAGUCAUUGGACUUGGUCCCACAAGGCACCAGGCUCUUCUUUGGGGCUCAGAGCACAUUCCUACCUCCAAAAGCAGGUGCCUUGCAAUUGUUCCAGUAACCAAAUCACACUGAUGCCUUAAAUCACAAGAGUGGCCUCUUACCAAAAGCUGGAUCAUGCCUUGACAGGCCAGAAGGAACCUGUCCCUUUGCAUAGAGAGCACUCCCAAGUCGAGGGACCAAUGCCUGGAUCAUGGCUCAGGCUUGCAGUUGCCACAAUCUUGGAGAGAAAUAACCAGUUGUUUUUAAGAUGAUACUCUUACAUUCCUCUGAGCAUGAGAGCCAGCCAUCACUCCUGCCUUGCAUCUCUUGGUAAGACCAAAGACCUGCAGCUUUGGGGGACAGUCAACUCGUUGCCGCCCUGAACAGGGGGAAGGAGAUGAGAGUAACAAAGCUGUUGAGGCAUUAACUCAGGCUCUGAAUAGCAGCACUAAAAAUGACAGAGAGGAGGGUUGAAUAAUAAAAUGC